GAUUUUCGACGAUUUUUGAGCAAUUUGAAUUUUGAUUUUUGUAUAGCAGAACUUUAGUUCAUUAUCACUUUUUUUUACGAAAAUUAAUUAUUGUUUUUCAAAUUGUUCGUUCGUACUUUGCUAUAGAAAAUAUAAUGCAAUGAGCGUGUGGAGUAGUUGAGAAAAACAAAAUAAUCGAAGCCGUGAUCUUACUCUUAGAAUGGAAGGAUACGAGUUAAAAGAACAUUUCGUGAAAAAGUUUCCCGUCGAUUCAGACAGGGUUCACCCUCAGAAAUGGAAUAUGAAAUCUUUCAAAAAGAUCGUUAAAGUAGAAAUUGUGAAGUCGGACGAUCUCGAAAUUGAAUUCGAUCUUAUUGGUGUACCGGCAUGUUUUGCAAAUGCUUUUCGAAGAGUUCUAUUAGCCGAAGUACCGAUGAUGGCUAUCGAAAAAGUUCACGUGUAUAAUAACACAUCUAUUCUGCAAGAUGAAGUUCUAGCUCACCGUUUAGGAUUAAUACCCUUGAAAGCUGAUCCGCGUAAAUUUGCGUUCAAAAAGUCUGUAGAAGACGACGAAUUUUCAGCCGAAGACUCUUUAGAAUAUCAUUUAAGAAUCAAAUGCUCCAAAAAUCCAAAAGCGCCUGCUUCAAAAUCUGGCGACGUUUCCGUCUCGCAGUAUAAAAACGAUAAAGUGCUAUCGAAGGAUAUAGAAUGGGUACCAAUCGGUGAUCAAGCUACAAAUUUCAAGUCCUCCGACGUAGGGCCUGUUAAUGAUGACAUUUUGAUUGCGAAACUACGUCCUGGACAUGAGUUAGAUGUGAAAUUAUUUGCCGUCAAAGGCAUUGGUAAAGAUCAUGCCAAAUUUCAACCUGUAGCCACGGCAUCGUUCCGUUUAUUACCAGAAAUAACCCUAUUGACUGAGGUUGAAGGCGAACAGGCUCAACGACUGAAAUCCAGUUUUUCGGAUGGAGUCAUAGAAUUACGUAAACAUAAAGGUAAAAUUAAGGCCCAAGUGGUCAAUGCGAGAUAUGAUUCCUGCAGUCGUAACGUUUUCAGAUUCGACGACUUGAAAGAUUGCGUUAAAAUCAGUCGGGUCCCCGAUCAUUAUAUUUUUACCAUUGAAUCAGUUGGCGCCCUACCACCGAACACUUUAUUUUUAGAAGCAAUAAAGGUAUUGAAAAGCAAAUGUGACACGAUCUUAAAUGAAAUCAAAGCGAAAGGAGAUGCGGCUUUUUCUUGAAUUGUUUUUUUUCCUGUAUAAUUUGCGCUGUAAUAAAAUAACGAAUCAGUUUUUUUUA